AUGGCUGAUCUCUUCACUACCAUCGAGACUCCUCUCGUCAAAUACGAACAGCCUCUUGGCUUGUUCAUCAACAACGAGUGGGUCAAGGGUGUCGAAGGCAAGACCUUCGAGACCAUCAAUCCUAGCACCGAGAAGCCCAUCGUCUCCGUUCAUGAAGCUACCGAAAAGGAUGUCGACCUUGCCGUCGCUGCUGCCCGCAAGGCCUUUGAGGGUAGCUGGGGUCAUGUCCACCCCCACCAGCGUGGCCGCUACUUGGUCAAGCUGGCUGACCUGUUCGAGCGCGAUCUCGAUAUCCUGACCGCUAUCGAGGCUCUCGACAACGGCAAGUCGGUCUCCAUGGCCAGGGGGGAUGUUACCGCCGCUGCCAAGUGCUUGCGCUACUAUGGUGGCUGGGCCGACAAGGUCCACGGUCAGACUAUCGAUACCAACAACGAGACCUUUGCCUACACCCGUCACGAGCCCAUCGGCGUUUGUGGUCAGAUCAUCCCCUGGAACUUCCCCCUCUUGAUGUGGUCGUGGAAGAUCGGUCCGGCUUUGGCCACCGGCAACACCGUCGUGCUCAAGUCUGCCGAGCAAACCCCCCUCUCUGCGCUCUACGCUGCUAAGUUGGUCAAGGAGGCUGGCAUCCCCGCGGGUGUGGUCAACAUUAUCUCUGGCUUUGGUCGUGUGGCUGGCGCCGCUAUCUCUAGCCACAUGGACAUCGACAAGGUCGCCUUCACCGGUUCUACUUUGGUGGGCCGGAUGAUCAUGCAGGCUGCUGCCAAGAGCAACCUCAAGAAGGUGACGCUCGAGCUGGGUGGCAAGUCCCCGAACAUCAUCUUCAACGAUGCCGACAUUGACAACGCCAUCACCUGGGCCAACUUUGGUAUCUUCUACAACCACGGCCAGUGCUGCUGCGCUGGUUCCCGCCUUUUGGUUCAGGAGGGCAUCUACGACAAGUUUGUUGCCCGUCUGAAGGAGCGGAGUGCCCAGAACAAGGUUGGCAACCCCUUCGACAAGGACACUUUCCAGGGUCCCCAAGUCUCCCAGCUGCAGUUUGACCGCAUCAUGGAAUACAUCGACCACGGCAAACAGGCCGGCGCGACGGUUGCGGUUGGUGGUGAGCGUCACGGCAACGAGGGCUACUUCAUCCAGCCCACCGUCUUCACUGAUGUCACUUCGGACAUGAAGAUUGUCCAAGAGGAGAUUUUUGGUCCCGUCGUCACCGUGCAGAAGUUCAAGGACGUUGAAGACGCCAUCAAGAUUAGUAACAACACUUCCUACGGUCUCGCCGCUGGUAUCCACACUAAGGAUAUUAACACUGCUCUCCGCGUGGCCAACCAGUUGCGUGCUGGUACCGUCUGGGUCAACAGCUACAACCUGAUCGACACUCAAGUGCCGUUUGGUGGCUUCAAGGAAUCGGGCAUUGGUCGCGAGCUGGGCUCGUAUGCGCUGGAGAACUACACUCAGAUCAAGGCUGUGUCUUUCCGCCUGACUGAUGCUCCUUUCCCUUAA